UUUUCCUGUUUUUAAUAAAAACUUGUUUUUUUAUUCGUUAUCGAAACAUUUUUCAGGAAAUGGAAGAUGCGGGGGGUAAGAAAAAAUCUUCCGGGAAGAAGCGAGGAGCUGGUUUUCACCCCCAGGAUGAUCUUCAACUAGCUAAAUCGUGGAUUGCUGUUUCAGAAGAUCCGAUCAAGGGCACGGACCAAACAAAAGAUUCAUUUUGGAGCUCGGUCAAAGACCACGGUAGGUUCGAGACCCGAACUCCUGACGGUCUUCGCCAACGAUGGGGUGUCGUAAGCCGCGCGGUCUCAAAGUUUUGCGGGAUAAUGACUAAUCUCCAAAAUAAGAACCAAUGUGGGACGACGGAUGAGGACAAACUCGACAAAGCGGCAGUUAUUUUUAAGCAGGAUGAAGGCAAAGAGUUUCGAUUUCUUGCGUGUUACGCUUCUGCCCGAAAUUCAGUGUUGAUCUUGGAAAUAGCGUGGGAGCUGCUAGUACCUCCGCUGCUAGUACCUCCGCUGCGAGUACCUCUACUGCUAGUCCGUCCGCCGCAAAUUCUUACGCCGAAAGUCCAACUGGUCGUCCAUGCGGACGUGAUAAGUCGAAAUUCCUCUCAAACAACGCCAGCAACAUUCAUGCCUUGGAACUGCGACGAGCUGAAGCACUUGAACGCAUUGCGUCGGCUGCCGAAGUGAAGGCGAAAGUUUUUACUGAAUAUAAAAAUGAACUCAGACAAAAAAAUGUUAUCCAAAUUGCCACUACUCGUUUGGAUGAUUUGGACCCGAUCUCGAGGAAGAUAAUGAUAAUGGAGAAGCAAAGGGUGUUGCAAGAACUAACUGUGUCCAAUAACAGUUUGAAUACAGAUUCCGGCAACAUUUCUUCGCGAAUUGAUGGAUCUCAGAGUCUAUGCGCAAUGCUAGCACCCAAGGAUCACCCAGAAUCUGAAAACCAUGCCACUGUUCCGGAUGACGACAUUUUCCAGAAGUUUAUCGAGAUCGAUAAUGAGCUGAGCGAGGGAGAAAACUUUUCCGAAAAUAAAUGUUUGGUAGCAUCUAUGCGUUUCGUAUAUUGUUUUAAGAUAAGAUAAGGCACUAGAUACCAUUCUAGCAUUGCCUUUGUUGAAGUCCAGUAAAAGCAAAGUAAUCCACUUUAACGACCCCCGGGACUUUUGUGGUCUCUGUUGCAAGUUUCUGCUCAUUUCUAGGCGUCCGAAGGCUAUGUGUGGUGAGUCACUCAAAACCUCUUUUACGCAAAUGGACCGACGUUUUACUUCCCCAUCCGAUAGAAGGCGUGGUCAGGCAAAUCUCGUCUCGAAAAAUGCCACCGGGUCCGUCUGGGAUUGAACCCAGGCCAUACUGGGAUUCAGAGGCUACCACGCUAACCACUAAACCACCGGACCCGUCCAGUCCAGAAGUCCAGUGAGGUCCCUUAUUUAAAUGAUUAAAUAAAUUAUUGAUUCUAACUUUCAUUUCAAGUGUAAUUAUUAGGAUGUAACAAAACGGGCCAAUUUUGCGGGCAUUUCAGGGCAUGAUCUUCUAGGUGUACUGAGCCCGAAUACUAAAUAUGAGCUGAUUGCUUGCGGUUGCUAGCAGGAGACCGGCUCCGUGGCUUAAUGGUUACGGCUUCUGCCUGCCAAAAAACGAAACAGAAUCAGGUGGGGUUCGAACUCACACCUUUGGAUUGAUGGUCUGGGAUUCUAACCAGUCGGCCAUCUGAAGGUUAUAAAACAUGCUGUAUUCUUCUCAUAUUAAGUACGCUCUGAUCCCUGAUUUGCCUGCAGGGAUUGGGAUAGAGCAAGGAUCCGUCUGGUGCUUGCUUCUAUGUUAAGGCGGGGCCGGACAAUGCCCAACGACCUCGGAAUUGGGCCGCUAGGAUCUCUGCUAUUCUGAAAUGGGUCGUUGGAAGCAGCGCGAGGGCUAUCACCACCUAAUACCCGGGACUGAGAUAAGUUGUAUCAGCAUUCGGCAUAUACAAAGUUCGAUACAAAUUAUACUUUCUCAUAAUUUCGCUACCGGUUAGCGGGUAUUGGAUUGGACCACACACACACACACACACACACACACACACACACACACACACACACACACACACACACACACACACACACACACACACACACACACACACACACACACACACACACACACACACACACACACACACACACACACACACACACACACACACACACACACCCGUGAACCGUGGGGACAGGUGAGGGUCCCUGCGGAGCUUAGCUGCCAGCUACCGGGCGGGUUGCAGUAGGCGGAUAGCUGUCGGCGAUUGCAUACAUUCAUUGCAUCGCCCCCGGACCAGCAGCGGGAGGAUGUCUAGGACGUGGCGGAAUUGAACAAGGGCUCUGUUUAAUUUCUUCGAAAAAAAAAACCACAUGGGUCCGUAAACAC